GUCCUUGGUCCCAAGUCACCAUGGGCAGUGUCAGCAGCCUUAUCUCUGGCCACAGUUUCAAUAGCAAGCAUUGUCGUGCUUCUCAGUAUAAGUUGCGUAAGUCUUCUCACCUCAAAAAGCUCAAUAGGUAUUCUGACGGGCUGCUGAAAUUUGGCUUCUCCCAGGACCCAGGUCACGGCAAGUCUAGCUCCAAAAUGGGCAAGAGUGAAGAUUUCUUCUACAUCAAGGUCAGCCAGAAAACCCGGGGUACCCACCAUCCAGAUUAUACUGCGUUGUCCAGUGGGGACAUAGGGGGUCAAACUGGACUGGACUUUAGCCCUUCUACCCCACCCAAACUCAUGCCCUACUCCAAUGAACUAGAAAUGGGCUCAGAAAAGAAGGGUGUUGUGAGACCCACAGCAUUCAAGCCCAUGCUACCACGAUCAGGAACCAUCCUCCACUCAUCUCCUGAUAGUACUAAUCACCAGAUACAUGUUGCCCCUCCAGAGAAGCCCAAGGAGCAAGAGCUAAAGCCUGGCCUGUGCUCUGGGGCACUUUCUGAUUCAGGCCGAAACUCCAUGUCCAGCUUGCCCACACAUAGCACCAGCAGCAGCUACCAGCUUGACCCACUGGUCACCCCCGUGGGACCCACCAGUCGAUUUGGGGGUUCAGCUCACAACAUUACUCAAGGCAUCAUCCUCCAGGACAAUAACAUGAUGAGUUUAAAGGCUCUGUCUUUCUCUGAUGGGGGCAGCAAGCUUGCCCAUCCAGGCAAGGUGGAUAAGGGUUCCUCAUGCAUUCGUUCCCCCAUCUCUACUGAUGAAUGUACCAUCCAGGAAUUGGAACAGAAACUGCUAGAAAGGGAGAAUGAGCUGCAGAAACUUCAUCGCAGCUUUGAUGAGAAGGAGCUGACCUCCAGCCAUGUCUAUGAAGAACGACAGCGACACUGCAAGGAUGAACUAGAAGGCAUGGAGCACAAGUGUGGAGGCAGGUUGAAGCAGGCCUCUCAGAAGAGCCAGCGUACCCAGCAGGUGCUACACCUUCAGGUGCUUCAACUUCAGCAGGAGAAGCGGCAGCUACGACAGGAGCUUGAAAACCUUAUGAAGGAGCAGGAUCUGCUGGAAACCAAACUCAGAUCCUAUGAGAAGGAGAAAACCAACUUUGUGCCAACACUGGAAGAAACCCAGUGGGAGGUAUGCCAGAAGACAGGGGAGAUCUCUCUCUUGAAGCAGCAGCUGAAGGAAUCCCAGAUGGAGGUCAAUGCCAAGGCCAGUGAGAUACUCAGCCUAAAGGCACAGUUAAAGGACAUGCGGGGCAAGCUGGAGGGUCAGGAGUUAAAGACACAGGAUCUGGAGAGUGCCCUGCACACCAAGGGGCUAGAGCUGGAGGUCUGUGAGAAUGAGCUGCAGCGCAAGAAGAAUGAGUCGGAACUCCUGAGAGAAAAAGUGAACCUGCUAGAGCAGGAGCUGCUGGAGCUGCGGGCCCAGGUCACUCUGCAGCGGGAUGGUAUAUGUUUGGGGCCCACUUUCUCAGAGGACAUCCCUGUUCUGCAACGGGAGCUAGAGAGGCUACGGGCAGAGCUAAAGGAGGAGCGACAAGGCCAUGACCAGAUGUCCUCAGGUUUCCAGCAUGAGCGACUGGUGUGGAAGGAAGAGAAAGAGAAGGUGAUCCAGUACCAGAAGCAGCUACAACAGAGCUAUCUAGCGAUGUACCAGCGAAACCAGCACCUGGAGAAGGCCUUGCGGCAGCUGAGCCAUGGAGAAGGGGCAGCAGAGCCCUUUGAGAUUGAUCUGGAAGGUGCUGACAUCCCCUAUGAGGACAUCAUAGCCACGGAGAUCUGA